ACAACAACAUAAUUUCCCGCCAUGCACUGGACACGUUGCCAUAGCGCCACGUUGGUUUACCAACAAACAUGGCGCACAGCCGGUCUCGUGUCUUUGCUACAUUUUCACCGAAUGCUGGUAAUGUUUACCGAGACGAAAACGAAUCGGUGUUUAACCGGGGACGCAAGCAAACCCCUUUACACGCUCAGAGCAACGCAAGAGUGGUUCAGAUGACGGGCUGUGCGGAGUUAUCGUGUCCUCCGGACCGCGCCAGCGUCACCAUCAGCGUCAAAAACAGUAAAGAACAUGUUAACGACGUGACUAACAGCGUUAUCAGAAGACUGGAGUACAUACUACAGACUGUGCGACAGCACGAUAUCAAGGAAGAAAACAUCACUGUAACCAAGCAUCUACAAAGAGAGGAAGAGCUCUUCCACAUGCAAGCUGAGGUGCUUGUGGUGUUUUCAGACUUUGAGAAGAUGCAACAAGCACGCGCAGUUUUGAUUGAAAAACUUGACAAAAUUGUGUGUGUUGGUGACCCUUACUACAGUCACAGUGCGGAAUGUCUCAGUUUGUUAAGACGGCGAGUAUGUUCGGAAGCCGUGGACAACGCCCGGCUAAAAGCUAGUGAGGUGUGUUGCAUUCUGGGACAAGUUCUGGGGCGGCCACUGCUUGUACAUGAGGAGGAAUCCCGAGAGUGGACCAACAGCCAGCAUGAAGUGACUGGCUCUCCUCUAACCCUACCCCAGAAAACUGCGAUUACACUAGUCUCUGCCUCUUCACACGUGUUUGUGACCUUUGAAUUGCGUCCGAAUAACAACAGGAGGAAAUUUUAAAAAAUGUUGUGUGUUUAGCGGUAAUA